AUACCUAAGAAAUUUUACCAAAAAAGGAUUUUCUUAAAGGAAAAAUCGAUUUUUUCUUUUUCAUUUAUUGGUUCCAUUUAACAUUACUUUUUGUUACUUGUUCUAAUCACAACGGAGGCACUUGAAGUUGCAGCACCACCACCGCUACCGCCACCACCUAUUUCUUCCGGCGGCAACACCUUCCACCGCCCCGAAUCGAUUGUCAUGGAUUCCGAUCCCAAACCUUCCACAUCACCAGCGCCAAACCCUAACCCUAGCAAGCCACCACCGUCGAAGGAACAACACCACCGAGACCUAUUGAACCACGUCGAAGCCUACCUCGCGAAGCGCGACGGCGUUGACAAGCUCCUCAAGAUUUCCCGUUACGCCACCAAGCUCAUCCUCGCCUCGUCGCUCCUUCAAUCCUCCGACAACCCCGCCCUCAACCACCGCCUCAAAUCCUUCGAAUCCAGCGUCGGCGUCAGCCGCAAGGCCUUCCGACUCGGCAAAUUCGUCCAAGACCUAAACGCUCUCCGAGCCUCCCACGUCCACUCCAACCGCCACCUCCUCUUCACCCUCCUCGCCUACGGCGGCGAAGGCUUCUACUACUUCGUCGAGCAGUUCGUCUGGCUCGCGAAAUCCGGCCUCAUCGAUCCCAAACACGCGCGCGCGUUCCAGAAAGUGAGCGCGUGGGCGGAGCUCGUCGGGUAUAUCGGGAGCGUGGCGCUCAAACUCACCGAUUUAAACACUAUUGCUGAGGAGGAGUCGUGUCUGGCGUCGAGCGUGGAGAUCUCGCGCUUGAGAGGGGUUGGGUGCGUGGAAGAAGAUUACCGGUUGCGGAAGUUGAGAGAGAAGAAAAUAAUGAAGAGGCUUUCGGUUGUUCAGGAUUUGGCCGAUGCGGUUAUGGCUGUGGACGAUAUUUUGGAUGGGAAUGGACCGUUUUCGAAACCGGUUUUCAUGGCUUCCGCAGGGCUUUUGUCUGCACUCAUUAGCACUCACAAGAAUUGGGUCUCUUGCUGAAUUUCUCACAGCUUCUUUUCAUGGAUAAAAAGUCAUGUAGGAAUGCAUUUUCAUGCCACUUUAUCCCUGUCGAGAUGCAUUGGCUAUAUAAAACUCUUGGAUCGAUGAAUUUAGAUAGUUUGCAGGAAGUCUCUGGUACAAGCAUGAUUGCCACCAUUGUAUACACACAAAAACCUAGAUGAACUAGCAAGAUUUGUCUCGUCACAAAUUUCUUCAAAAUGCUUCAUAGUAUGCUUGGAUGUGGUUACUUAAGAGAGUUAGUCAUUUAUUUGGUGAAUUUUAAAAUUUUUAAAAGCUAAAUGAGUUAUUUGGAUGAGAAAACUAAAAAUUUAGGAAUUUUAUGAAGUAUUUCAAAUAACUAAAAUAAUUAAAUUUGAAAUUUACUACAAAAAGAGGAAAUUGAAAUUCUACAACUACUUACUCCCUCUCUAAUAGAAUAGAGAUGUCAAUUUGAUCCAUGACCCAUGGGUCAGUUCCAACCCACUCUCGAAUAAGCUACCAUUUUAUUGAUUCACUAAAUGAUGGGUCACACAAAGUCUCAAUUGUAAAGCUUUUCUUAAAAUGGGUUAGGGUAAGGGUCAAAAAGUAGGUUGGGUAACACUAGAUGUAAGUGGUAGGGACGUCAAGUUUUUGAAAGGUUGACCAUUACAUGAUGACAUCGACCUUGAUCGAUGAGGACUUUAUAGAUCCUCCGGCUAUGGUAGUCGCAAUGACGACUGGGUCGGGUUGGUCGAGUAGGUACAUAAGAUCGAAUACCCAGAAUAUUUGGGUCAAGAGGAAUACCCAAAGUAUUUGGGCCGGGUAGGGACAUGCACAAUUCCAAAACCACCUUUGGUUGUAAUUUAUAAGAAUUGUGUAAAUUAAAGUUGAAACAUCAAUAAUUAUGAAUA